GUUAUUCCAACGCAGCACUUGACCAGAAAACAUGGCUUCCCAUGCGUUGUCUCAAAUGCUCGAUGAGCUUAUGGGCAGAGAUAGAAAUUUAGCUCCUACAGAGAAACGAGAUCAAGUUCAUUGGAAUGACUCCGAAGUGUGCAAGCACUUCCUCGUAAAUUUUUGUCCACAUGAACUUUUCACCAACACAAGAGCGGACUUGGGUCCUUGCACAAAGAUGCACGAUGAAGCACUUAGAAAAGAGUAUAACAAAAGUUCUAAAUUUGGCAAGAUGGGAUAUGAAGAUGACUUUUUGCGAUUUUUACAAGGUCUGAUUUCUGAUGUAGAGAAGCGAAUUCGUAGAGGACAUCAGAGACUGGCUUUGAAUAAUUCCCAGGGCAGCCUAAGCAGUAAUUUGAAUUCAUUAAAAGAUGACAAAAUAAAGAUGCUGACAGAGAGAAUCGCUGAUCUUGUACAACAGGCAGAAGAAUUAGGAUGUGAAGGUAAAGUAGAAGAAGCUCAGGGUAUGAUGAAACUUUGUGAUCAACUUGAAGAGGAAAGAAGGGAAUUGGAGAAUAGUAAGCUUGCACAGCAGUCCAAUGAACCGGAGAAGACGAUGGAGGUGUGUACUGUGUGUGGAGCUUUACUGGUGGUGGGAGAUGUACAGCAGCGUAUUGACGAACACUUGAUGGGGAAACAGCAUGCUGGGUAUGCUAGGAUCAGGGCCUACGUCGACGACUGGAAACAGAAAAAGAAUCAGACAGAUGAGGAGAGAGAAGCCCGGCUAAAAAAGGAGAGAGAAGAGAGGGAAAAGGAAAGAGAAAAGGAAAGGGAGGAAAGGCGACAAAGGGAGAAAGAAAAGGAAAAGGAGAGGGAAGAGCGAGAGAGAGAAAGGGAGGAAAGGGAAAAGAGAAGACGUGAGGAAAGGGAAAAAGAGCGGGAGAAGGAACGCUCCAGACGAAGAAGAUCCCGAAGCAGAGACAGGCAUCGUAGGUCAAGAAGUCGGGGACGAAGAUCUCGAAGUAGGUCAAGGGACCGUCACCGUUCCCAUCGCAGAAGGUCAAGGUCAAACUCCAGAUCUCGUACAAGAGACCGUGACUCAAAACGUCGUAGUAGGAGUAGGGACAAAAGCAAGGACAAAAGAUCCAGAAGUAGGGAUGGAAGGGAAUCAAGGGAUAGAAGAUCCCGCAGCAAGCGAUCAAGAAGCCAAGACAGGUCUAGUGACAGGAAAUCUGGAGACAAAAGAGAAAAGUCAUCAGACAGAAAAUCAAAGGAGAAGGACAAUGACAAAAGAGAUGAGGAAGAACAGAAAGGUAAUUUUGAAGUGGUAGAUGAAGUCGGCAAUUCUUCAAAUGAUGCAAAUGAACAACGGUCUGAGGCUAUGAGUGAGAACGCUGACAGUCAGGAUGCUGUAGCUAACGACAGGGAGCCCGAGGACAGCUAGAUAUUGAGGUGACAUAAUCUGUGUCAGUUGACACUUACACAGGUAAGUACAGGCCGUGUUGGACUUGUCUUCUUGUCUUCCUUUCAGCUUCCAGGUAAGAGGCCCAACCCCAGCCCCUAUAUGAUAAUUAUAUUAACUUAUUAAUUAGCUAAAUUAAAAUCAUAGUCAUUAAUUGUUCCAAGAAGAGGACGUGAGUAGUUAAUAUUAAGAUAUAAAGAGAUCUUAGUGUGUUAAAUUCACUCCUGACCUUUGUAUAAUUAAUGUGUGAUGGAGUUGUACCCCUGAAGGUUGAAGUGUUUCAAGAAAAGGAUGAUAAAGUGAUGUAUUUCUUGUUGGAACUAAGAGUCAUAAGGGCAGAGAACCCUAUAUAUACAAACUAGACAGACCCAAUCAGGACAAGGUAUUUAUAUCGUAGAUUGCAGGUGAGAGUUACAAAUAUUCAAAUUAAAGUUUAUUGUUAAUUUAUAGUACUAGUAGUAUUUAUGAAUUUCACAUUGAUAAUAUUUUCAUUUAUCAUUUUUUCUUAAUAUUCAAGUUCUUAGUAGUAUCAGGACGUUGAGUAGAAAUCCUGGAUUUGAAAAGGUAAGUUUAAGUAUUCAGACCAAUUAACUACUGUCGAGGAAGGAAAAGAGAAGAUCAAAAGUAUUAAUGAUGAGGUAUUCACAUUGUUGUCUCGGACAGUUUUCAGUUUAAGUUUAGAUGAACUAAAAUGUGCAUGUAACUGACUCAUGUUUCAAAAUAAUGCAAAGUAGGGUAAAACUGGCUUCCAUUAACUUCAAAGACACAAGUAAUUUGAAAUUGUGCAGUCUGAAAUAGAAAGGUUAGUGGAAUAUUGGUUUAAAUAUCGACCUGUCAAGACAAGGAGGUUAGUGAAACACAUUUUCUGCUGCUGGUGACCAAUAUGUGCGAGAGAAUUCGCACGGCCCAGAAAAUCCAAGGUUAGUGGCAUCUGGAUGUCAAUGUCACUCGAAAAAACAAUUUACAUAAAAGAUGAUGCUUCUGUUUUCAGUUUCCUAGAUACCUUUGCGAAAAUAGCUUCAUGGUUGUGUAGAAGCUUGGAUUGACUAUACUGUCAGUGAUACUUAAAAACAUCUUGAUACAUUCCCAGGUAUGCCUGUAAUGAAAGGAACACUGUUGGGUUGUAAAAAAAGAAAUGGGUUUUCAUAUUUUUCAUAACUGUAAGAUCCUUAACAGGAAAAUCAAUCUUUUUAAUUAGGGAUAUUAUAGAUGAAUUAUUCAAUUUUUGAGAGAAUAAAGGAUGACUGAACUCGAUUCAACUUUGAAAUUUACAAGGAAAAUGAGACAUUGUAAUUUUCCUUGUUUUGGUGAAUUAACUGCAAACCUUUUUAGUUAUGAAUAUAGUGUGUUCCUGCAUGGAAGAAAUCCGAAUUUUUGCGUAUGUUAAUUUUUUGAGUUCUUCUAUAGAAAUAUUCAACUUUAAAUUGGUUAUUAUUGUAGCAUCAUCCACUUUGUGAGUCUGAACAUUGGGUUGCCACAAUAUGCCAAAAAAAAAUUUUUUCUAAACAAAAUGAGUAUGCUCUCUAUAAGUUGUAUCUAGUAAAAUGACACAUUUUGAAAUAGUUUU